CUAUCUAUUGAACCACUAAACGUUAUCUUGCUUCCCGCAUUAUAUUUAAAGGAUUCAACGGACAGAUGGUUCAAAACAAUAAGGAUAACAAGUAAUUAUAUAUUCAACAACAUGAAUAAAAACAAGAGCACAGAAAUUAAGGAUGACAAUAGACAGAAAUCGAAAAAGAAAAUCCCAGGUUACCUGAAGUAUGUUGCAAAAAAGUCUAAGGCUGGUUUCGGCAAAGUUCACGAAGAGUUAUACAGAAUGUUUUCAGAAAGUCGAACUCCUGCAGAUAAAUUUACAGGUCAAGUAAAGCCAACUGAUCACUCAUUUAUCAGUUACAUAACAGAGGAAAAAGAGGAUCUCGGGUCAAGGACUAGUACAGAAAUAGAAUUUGACAUGCUCUCAAGUGAGUUAAAUGUAAUAAAACCAGAAAACAACGCAUUCCACAAUGGUGGAAUAUGUUUUGCUUCUGUCUAUAACAAAAACAAAAAUAAAUUCAAUGUAAACAAUAUCAGAUUAUCUAUGCCGUAUUUAGAACUUACAGACGAAGCAAUUUACGUAAAUGACAGAGUUUUACUGGUAGAAAACCUGACUAGUUUAAGCAAGAAAGAAGAAGAAAGUGAAGAUCCAUCUGUGAUAUACUCUGUUCCAAAGCCGAAAUACAAGCCACAUAAUUCUUACGAAAUAGACGAUUAUGUCAACCUGCGUGCCCCUUGCCAACUACUCGAAGAUACCAGUGAUGCAGAGAAGGCAAAAGAAGUAAAAUCUACAAAAAAUAUUAAACCCUUUAUUACUCCGGAACCAUGUGACAAAACUGCAGUGAAUAUAAGCCCAUGCAAAAUAAUAAAACGUCCGCCACUUUCACAACUAAAGAAUGAAACACUUGGUAGCCACAAUGAUGACGAUGAUUACUAUCUACUUCCAUCAAGGUGGACACAGUCCUGCUACAUGCCUGCAACGAAUUCAUAUUUAUAUGCAACAGUAGCACAGAAACAAACAUCUAACUGUGACAAACCCACAACAAUUGUCACAAACAACAACGUAUGCAAUUCAAACGUUGUUAGAACUGAAUUAAAAGAAGAAAAUUGUACAGAGACCGAUGAUAGCUACGUACCUCCUUCUAAAUGGGUCGGCUGCAGUUAUGAAACUGUCACCGAGGACAAUUAGAUAACAACUUUUUUUGAAAACAUUUCAAACAGAUUUCCGUUAAAGUGGCUACAGAACAGUAUUUGUGUUUCGCUUCGAUGAUGUUUCAAUGACGUUUUAGGAUAGAAAUGAAUAUUGCUCGAACUUUCUAUUCAAAGAUGCUAUUCUGUAAAUUGACAUUGAACUGUACUGAAUAAUAGUACAAUUCCACAAAACAUUGAUGUGUCUGUUGGAAAAAUUGAGUAUAUCAUGCAUCACAUGACAUUUUUUACUCGACUUGUAACAUAGAUUCAGGAUAUUCAUUUAGUAUGGAGUGUUAUAGUCUUUUGUUAUGUAUUGGAUUACUUCCAUUUACAUGAACGUAAACUUUAUACUAUCUGGCCGAUACAAGUUAAACAUGUUAAAACUGUACUUUUUAUACAUGUAACAAACAUUUCAAUUGUAUAGAUUACUGCAUAAUUAUUUGAAAAAGUUCGUACGCAAAAGCUUUGUAGUACUGACGUCAAACAUAUGUCACGAUGGCGUCUCGAUGUUCCAUGCCUCAGAACGUUUGCAGUUUCAAACGAGUGUUUGGUCUUCUUUGCCUAAAAUUAUAGUCAAUUAUACCUAAAACAGUACUAGAAAUAUGUAAAGAUAUUUAAAUAAAGAGUCACUACAG